GUACUAAUAAGCCCAAAUCCCUCACAACAUAUCAUCAUCUCAUCAACUUUUUCUCCGAACUUGCCAAACCAUCAAUGGCGGCGGCCAAAGAAGAACACAAGAGCCUGCACAUAGUAAUGUUUCCAUGGCUAGCUUUCGGACACAUAAUCCCAUACCUCGAACUCUCCAAACUCAUUGCUCUAAAGGGCCACAAAAUCUCUUUCGUUUCCACUCCAAGAAACAUCGAUCGCCUCCCGAAAUUGCCUCCGCAUUUGUCUUCCUCCAUUGAAUUAGUCAAAAUCCCACUCCCAAAACUCGACGAGCUCCCGGAAAACGCAGAGGCAACAAUGGACAUCAAUGGCGGACAAAUGGACUAUCUCAAGAUAGCCUUCGACGGGCUCGAAUCCGGGUUGACCAGUUUCUUGGAGGAUUCGGAUCCGGAUUGGAUCAUCUGCGAUUUCGCUCCACACUGGCUUCCUCCAAUCGCGGCCCGGCUUGGAAUUUCUCGGGCCUUCUUCCUCAUAUUCAAUGCUUGGUUUCUGGCCUUUUUCGGGCCUGGAGCCGAAGACAUGAUAAGCGGGUCGGAUUAUCGGACCAAGCGUGAAGAUUACAUGGUUCCGCCAAAGUGGGUCGAGUUCGAGACUGAAGUUGCUUAUCGGGGCUUCGAAGCGAACUGGAUGGUCGGGUCGGGCCAGACGAACGGUUCGGGGUAUUCGGAUAUUUACCGGGUCGGAAAAGUAAUAGUUGGUUGUGAAGCGAUUCUCGCGAGACACUGCCACGAGUUCGAACCGGAUUGGUUGACUCUACUCGAGGAGCUUCACCGUAGGCCCGUGUUUCCGCUUGGGCUAAUGCCACCUCGACUACCACAAGACGGUAAGAAAGAUGACUCAGAUGAAGAAAUUUGGGUUUCGAUUAAAAAAUGGCUCGAUGUUCAGAAUAAAGGAUCGGUGGUUUAUGUGGCGUUGGGGAGUGAGGUGAUACCGAGUCAAGAUCAACUCAGUGAGUUGGCUCAUGGGCUCGAGUUAUCUGGAGUCCCUUUCUUUUGGGUUCUAAGGAAACCAUCUGGGUUGACCGAGUCUGAUGACUCGGUCGAGUUGCCAGAUGGGUUUGAGGAGAGGGUAAAUGGUCGAGGGAUCGUGUGGAGGAGUUGGGUGCCUCAGCUGAAAAUACUGAGUCAUGACUCGGUGGGUGGGUUCUUGACUCACUGCGGGUGGAGUUCUAUUGUUGAAGGAUUGAUGUUUGGUCAUCCGUUGAUAACUUUGCCGUUUUUGGUUGACCAAGGUUUGAAUUCUAGGGUUAUUGCCGAAAAGCAAGUAGGGGUCGAAAUUCCAAGAAACGAGGAAAACGGGUCGUACACGAGCAACUCGGUAGCUGACUCGGUGAAGCUCGUGAUGCUGGAAAAUGAUGGGAAGAGAUUCCGAGAGAGAGCUAAGGAAAUUGGUGCCAUAUUUGGUGAUACGGAAUUACACGGUCGAUAUAUAGACAACUUCAUUAAGUUCCUCGGACAUCAUAGAAAUAUGUCUACAAACACAUUAGUUUCUUAAUUUGGUCAUGGUUUGAUAAUUGUUAUGUUCGGCAACUCACAGCCAACCUCCUAAGAUAUGACUAAAUUACGAAAAAAAUUCAUCUUGUUUGGGUAA